UCAAAUUCCUACUCAUCAUGGAUAUUUAUAAACUAAUAUUAGCUUAUUAGGACAAGCCACCCCAUUCUUAUUCUUUUGCUAUUCAUUUCCCCCCCUCCUUAUAAAGUCCAAGUUCGUUAGAUUUAGUAGAGGGAAAAUUUUUCUUAGUGAAGUGACUGACAGAUACAACCAAAAUAAUUUUCAUUUUGACCAAUGAAAGGUUAUUGCUUAUCACACCAGUCACCAUCAAGAUAAGAACAAGAUCAACCAUUAUUAUUGCAGCAAACAGUAGCUACAGAUGGGAGAUAAAAAGCUCAGAAAUCAUGGAAGAAACUUUAGAAUGGUUUCCAUUGUGACUAUGGAAAAUUACUAUGAUUCUGGUUGGCAUCCGGGCACAACCUGGGCUCAAUGCAGCGAUCAUUCUCCUUUUGCAGUGCCUACACAAAUACUGCCUCAUGUAUCUGACCCUGCCUCUCUUCAAUUUGGUGAGUUUCACUCAUGGCCAGUACCCAUUGAAGGGAGUGCCCAAGAGAGACCAACAAGUGCUUCCAAGAGUCACAGUCAAGCAGAAAAAAGGCGGAGAGAUAGGAUCAAUGCACAGCUUGCAACUCUCAGAAAACUAAUUCCCAAGUCUGAUAAGAUGGACAAGGCAGCUUUACUAGGGAGUGUGAUAGAGCAGGUCAAAGAUCUAAAGCGAAAGGCAAUGGAUAUUAGCAGAGCCUCCACAGUUCCAAGUGAGAUUGAUGAAGUAUUAAUUGACUAUGACCAUGUUCAAGAUGAAAGCUGCACUAAAGUUAACAAAUUGAACGACAACAUUUGCAUCAAAGCUUCUGUUUGCUGCGAUGAUAGACCAGAACUGUUCCCUGAACUCAUUCAAGUCCUCAAAGGGUUGAGACUCACAGCAGUUAAAGCUGACAUAGCAAGUGUAGGUGGCAGGAUUAAAAGCAUAUUGGUGCUUUGUUCUAAGGACAGUGGAGAGAGCGUUUGCCUUAGCACUCUCAAACAGUCCCUUAAAUCAGCUGUGACCAAAAUUGCUUCAUCAUCCAUGGCAUCUAAUUGCCCCACUAGAAGUAAGAGGCAAAGGUUUUUCUUGCCUUCUCAUUGCCUAUAGUAAUUUAUUGCAAAAUUAUUUUUCUUAUUUUCUUAGGUGGGUCAUUCCAGUGGGGCAAGUAUGUGCUUUACUUUUCAAUAUUUAUAUACCUAUCAGAUAUAUAGUUUGUCCAUUAGGAAGCUAAAAUAUUGGUUUUGUGCCACCAAUUAAGGGAAAGUUGAAGAGUGGGAAAUUAAUUGAAAGUAAGGUAUAUAAAAGGUUAAGCAAAGAAAUCAGCUGAAUGGUCACUUGCUGCUUCAAAAAUAGAAAAUUAGCACCUUGAUCUACAUAUCAUCCAAUCUAUAUGAACAUUGGGUGAGUAAAAUAGUGAAUAACGUGCCAAGAAAAAGAACAGUGAAUAAGUGGAAAAAGCAAUUGAUUAUUGGGUUGAGAAGACAGCUUUCAGUGUUAUAUCAUACCAUGUUUGACUUUUACUAGUGAUCAAUGGAUUCAGCAAAUGUUGGCACGUCCACUCAAGUAGUUUUCGUUGUUGUGCAAGUUGCUCUUGU